UAUUCGCUCCGAGUGUGACUGCAGCGCCAGACUAAAUAUGAACUACGCCAAACCAAAGAUAUGUAUAUUAUAAUAAAGACAGGAUUUCAGUCCAUUACCCAUCAAAUAGAAUUUCAGCCAGAGACAAUGACCAAAGGCAAAAAACUUUUUGAUGCUGGACAUGUAAGAGAAGUCGAGGAACAUCGACGAAAUUUGGAAAGUUUUUUGAUAAAAUCUCGCAUUAUUCGGCAAACAUCAGUCCACGCUACACCUUAUGCUACUUCGUUAGACAUAAACUCUGCACGUUACGUGACAAAUGUACACUGUAAUUGUGUAUAUAAUAAGAGUGGCAAGUGUAAACAUGUUGCUGCCUUAAUUUAUUUUAUUAACAAUGAAGAAAGUGCUUCAAAAACGAGUCACGAGCAGCAAUGGGGUAAGCCGGGUGCUCGUCAAUUUGCUAAACAUAAAUAUUCUAAAGGAGAGUACUUCAAAAAAAUGAUGCCGCAUAAAUACAGUCAAUUACAUGAGCCUCAGAAUGUUUUAAUGACUGAUUUAAAAGUCGAUUCACCUUUAAAACGAAUUUUGGAAGCACAGUUUACAAAAAAUAAUCAACAUACCGUAAGAAAUGUGAUUAACUCUCUGUUGUCGCAAGUAGAACUGAACUUAGAAAAAGAAGAAUGUGCUGCGUGUGUAGAAAAUUUUUUAAUUUUUUGCGAGGAGUAUUCUACUUAUGAAAGUCAGUAUAAGCUGGAUCUGAAUCUCCGGGAGUUUUAUAUAAAUAACGUACAAUUAUCGGAAGAUAAAAUUAUUCAGCUGUCUUGUGAAACUGUUAAACAGUCUUCUUGUAAUAAUUGGUUCCAAGCUAGACGCUUAAGAAUUUCUGCAAGUUCAAAUGUUCAUCAUAUAAAAGUUCUAAGCAGAAAACCAGUUGAAACUUUGGUUUCAGACAUGCUACAUCCAUCUACGAUCGACAGCAGCUCUACUAGAUACGGUUUAAAAAUGGAAUCUUUUGCUAAAGAAAAAUAUGAACAACUUUACAACUGUACUGUUAAACGGGUUGGUGUAAUUGUUAGUAAAUAUCAGCCUUGGCUUUGUGCAAGUCUUGAUGGAGUUGUUAUUGAUGACGGUUGUAUUUAUAAAAUUGUUGAAUUUAAAUGUCCUAUUUCCUGUGAAAAGAAACCAGUUAUCAAUGAUGCUGAUGAAGUUAGUAAUGUUAAGUAUUUGGAAUUUAUUAAUCAUAAGUUGGAGCUCAAAAAGUCUGAUGUUUAUUACACUCAAGUCCAAGCACAAAUGUACGUCACUGGCAUGAGUGUUUGUGAUUUCUUUGUUUAUUCACCAGUUGAAGAUGGCUGUUGUUUAAUAGAAGUCCACAGGGACGAAGAAUUUUUAAAAACUGUAAUUUUGAAGAGCGAGAAAUUCUAUUUCGAGCAAUAUUUACCAGCUUUGUUUGCGACAGUAGCAACUACUGAUAUUAAUAAAGAAAAUGCUGGUAACAGCGAUGAAAAUGCUGACAAUUUAAAUAGUAGUAAUAAAGAAGAUGAAAGUUCAAACCAAAAACGAAGCUUUACUGGAAGUGAUAUUACAAAUAUUUUAAUAUAG